AUGCAUCUCUCUAUGCGAGAGCAGAUCGAUCGGAAACCGCGGAAUUUGAAUUACAAGAAAGAUAUCGUUUACGUUACAAAGCACAGCAAAUGGAUCCUGAAGUCCCUUGGUAUUUGGCCAGCCGUGUUGGACGAAACCGCAGGAUUCCUACCAAAAAUCACCAUUGGACUCAGUAAUUUGGUUCUAUUAUUCACCGUGAUACCGUGUAUUCUACACAUAAUAUUCGAACAAAAGGAUACGAUAAUAAGAUUGAAACUAUUCGGUCUGCUGAGUUUCUGUUUGAUCUCGUUGAUGAAGUAUUGGGCCCUCGCCACGCGGAAACCAAGGAUCAAAGAAUGUAUAGAAGAGGUGCAAAGUGAUUGGAAAGAGGUGGAAUCUCUCAGAGAUCGUGAAAUGAUGCUAAAAUACGGGCAAAUGGGUCGAAAUCUGACGAUAAUCUGCGCCAUAUUUAUGUAUACCGGCGGCACCAUUUAUCACACGGUCAUGCAGUUCGCGACCGGAACGUAUGUGGAUGAGUAUAAUCGUACGAUUAAACCGCUCGUCUAUCCCACCUACAGUGCUUUAUUUGACGUUCAAACAAGCCCUAUUUACGAAUUGGUUUACUUCGUUCAUUGCAUGUGCGGAUACGUAAUUUAUUCUAUAACCGCUGGUGCUUGCGGAUUAGCCGCUCUUUUCGCUACACACGCUUGUGGACAAAUUGAUAUCGUUAUGUCUCGAUUGGGUGAUCUUGUCAACAGCAAAGAAUCAUCUGAUUUAGAUAAACGAUUAAUAGAAAUUGUUGAGCAUCAUUUGCGAAUUUUAAGAUUCUCGGCAAUAGUGCAAACAGUGUUGCAAGAAGUAUGCUUCUUGGAAUUCAUUGGUUCUACCUUACUGAUAUGUCUACUUGAAUACUACUGUAUAACGGAUUGGGAGAGCAGUAAUACCGUUAGUCUUACAACAUAUACAGUGUUACUGAUAUCUGUAACAUUUAAUAUAUUCAUAUUAUGCUACAUUGGUGAGAUUCUUAUGGAAAAGAGCAGUAGCGUUGGAUUAUCCUGUUUUAUGAUCAGUUGGUACCAUUUACCGACUAAGACGAUACAUGGUCUUAUUUUAAUCAUUGCCAUGUCAAGUAAUCCAGCUAAAAUCAGUGCUGGUAAAGUAGUUGAUUUAUCUUUAUCCACAUUUGGAAACGUUCUGAAAACGUCAUUAGCGUAUUUAAGUUUCCUUCGGACUACCGUUAUAUAA